AUGGAUUUUUCAAAAUUAACCGCACCAAAUUCAAUUACAAUUGAUAAAAAUCAAUCAUCCCAAAUAGAAAGGAAAGAUGACCAUGAUUUAUUUACACAAUUUAUAUUUCAAAGUGACUUGGUGGAAAAUAGCAUACAACAUCGGAAAUAUAAUAUUUCUCUUUAUUUCGAUAUACCAAUAAUUGAUCAAUAUCAUCAUAUAAUCAAUAAAGAUGAUGCAAAUAAACAAAUAGGAACGGUAUAUACAUUAGAAACAAUUAAGGAAUCUGUCUUUAAUAAUUUAGCUGACUUUAGAAAAAAAUUAGCCAAAUCAUUAUUUAAAUAUCCUAAUAUUCCACAUUAUUGCUCUAUUAAGUUUUUUUCAUCAGGUUCAUUAGGAUAUGUUAAAACUAUUAAAUUUAUAAUCGAAAAUUGGAUAACUACUUUUACCAAACAUUUAAAUAAUGGACAUUUAAAUUUAAAUAUUCAUAUCUUUGUUAAUCCAAGUUCAAAAAUAUGGUUAAAGAAAUAUUUAAUUAUUGAUUUCCAGAAUAAUCACUUCAUUAAUAUAUCGUUUGAAGAUGUAUCAUUUAUUGAAUCAAAUAAUUAUGAAGUUAUUGCACCAUAUAGAGACUACUGUGCUUCCAUAAGAGAACGAAUUAACUCUUACAAAGAAAAUGUGAAGAAUGAGCACAAGAAUUUCCAAAGUUAUUACACAUAUGAUUUGAAAUUAAUCAUAACCACAAAAGAUGUGGCUGAUGCAAUACCAUAUAUCUUAUCACGGAAUCAUUCUUUAAGUUCAGCAUCAUAUUAUAAUUUAUUCAAUGCUAUUGAUGAAAUGAAUUUAAUGAAUAAUUUAAAACGACCAAAUCAUUUGAGUGAUAUUUCUAAUGAAAGUCUAUAUGAUGAUGGAUUCCCCAAAAGAAUUAUUUCCAAUACAAAUCUUCAUAGAUAUGAUUCUAGCAAUUAUUCUAGUAGUGAAUUAUUAAUUAUUGAUAUUCCAUUAAAAUUCCCCUGGUGUAUUCCCAAAAAACAUACUGAAGUUAUUAAUGGGUUUUAUAAGCCAAAACCAAACAUGUAUGGCAAUAAUAAUACUACUAAUACUAAUAACAAUAAUUCAACCUUGCCAAUGCGUGAAUUCCCUCUAGCAUCAUUUACACGUAAACCAAAUUAUAUGCAUAUGAAUGAGAAAAUUGAAACUGAUAAAUGUUCCCCUUCCACCACAUUAACUGAUUCUGAGUCAUGUAAUUCAUCUAAAUAUAGUAUGGACUUUAGUAGUAGUUCUUCAUUAAAUAUACCAAUUAAACAUGUUUCAUAUAAGGAAUGUGUGAGUGAAUCACCAAUUUUGACUAAUAUAGAUACUAAAUUUGAUUUAUGUGUUUGGUCAAGUGAAAAUGUUAAUGACGAGAUAAAUUUGAAACAAGAAGAUGGAAACACAUUUAAAAAUUCAUAUGAAGAGAUUGAAAAAGAUCUUGGAUAUGACUCAUCAUUUUUACAGAGACAAUCCACUCAGCGCUCUCUUGAAUUGUUUCAAUAUUUUAUUAGCGGCUGUGAAAGAGAUGAAUCAAUUGUUGUAGAUUCUCCACUUGCUUCACCACUUACAAUCAAUCCAUCCCAAUUUAUCACCUCGUCAUCAUCACCAUUUGACAGGAGCCAAGGAACAUAUUUGAAUUAUCCUACUAAUUUACGACUUGCCAAUUGUUAUAAUGAUAGCUUGAAGACUACACCUUCUGAUGGUAGUAUUCCCAGAACUCCUCAUAUUUUAAGUUCUCCAAACACCACCAAUAUCAAUGUGACUUCUAAUACAAUUUCAAAUACAAGUUCAAAUACAAAUUCAAAUGCAAAUUCAAAUGCAAAUUCAAACACCAACUCAAAUGCAAAUUCUAACACAAGUGAAACUAAAAUUUUAUCAAUACCAUCAUCUAAAACUGAACAUCAAAUUAGUGUAUCAUGA